GGAUGCUCACGCACGCGCAAGGCGGGCUCAUGCAGUUCUACAAAGCGGGUUACUGUAUGUUUAUAUAUUUAAUGUGACUGGUGGAUCGUUAAAUAUAGUAACAGAAAAGCUUAUGCAUGAUUUGUACAGAAUUAUACUUACUCUGAAAUGCGGACAGUCCAUGACUCGACGGACGAGGGCUGUUUGUAGUGCAGACAGGGACCUCGCCAUUUUGUCUUGCUGUCGUCCUCAUGGAGCGGCUCCACUGGGUUCGGCACAGAUGUCUGCAGCUGAUAUCCACAGACAGGAGGAGGGGCUGGUACUCUCCUCCUUCAUCACUUCCACCUAAGAGCAGUCUAGACACUCAAGACCCUCUGGUUCAGCGGCUCAGUGGAAAGAGAAGAGUGGUGGUAUCACGAUGUGGUCCACACCAUGCAGAGUAUCACAGCUUCUCCAAGGGCUUUCAAAACAACAGCAUCCGGACCACCAAGUAUACCCUCCUCAGUUUCAUACCCAUGAAUCUGUUCCAGCAGUUUCACAGAGCGGCAAAUCUGUACUUCCUGUUCUUGGUGUUGCUGAAUUGGGUCCCAGUGGUGGAAGCAUUUCAGAAGGAGAUUACCAUGAUUCCCCUAGCUGUGGUGCUCACCGUCAUUGCCUUCAAAGAUGCCAUGGAGGAUUACAGACGUUACCGCUAUGACAAGAGAAUAAACAACAUACCGACACAUGUCUAUGGCAGGAAGCAACAGCGGUAUGUGGAACGGCGUUGGGCGGAGGUGUGUGUCGGUGAUCUGGUCCGUCUCUGCUGUAAUGAGAUCAUUCCUGCUGACAUGGUGCUGCUGCACUCGUCUGAUCCAAACGGAGUGUGUCACAUCGAGACUGCCAACCUGGAUGGUGAAACCAACCUCAAACAGAGGCAGGUGGUCCGUGACCUGCCACAACAGGGAUCCGAGUUUAUUCCAGAAAACUACAGCAGUCGCAUUGAGUGUGAAAAUCCCAACAAUGACCUGAGACGGUUCAGAGGCUUCAUGGAACAUCCUGGUAAAGUGCGGGUUGGACUCCACAGUGAAAACCUGCUCCUGAGGAGCUGCACUGUGAGGAACACGGAGACUGUGAUUGGCAUUGUAGUCUAUGCAGGUCAUGAGACAAAAGCGAUGCAGAAUAACAGUGGGCCGCGCUACAAAAGAAGUAAACUGGAGCGCAGACUCAACAUGGACGUCCUCUGGAGUGUCGCUCUAUUGCUGCUCAUGUGCUUUAUUGCUGCUGUAGGUCAUGGUGUUUGGUUGAGUGGGCUACAGAAUACUAUCUACAUAAUUCCUGAUGACACGCACCCUGCGCUCGCUUCUUUUUACAUGUUUUGGACCAUGAUCAUUGUUCUGCAGGUGCUGAUUCCCAUCUCCCUCUAUGUGUCGAUAGAGAUUGUGAAGCUGGGACAGGUAUAUUUUAUUCAGAAUGAUUUAGAUCUGUAUAACCCAGUACUGGACACAGGAGUGCAGUGCAGAGCGCUGAACAUCACAGAAGAUCUUGGACAGAUUCAGUACCUGUUCUCCGACAAGACGGGAACCCUCACAGAGAACCGCAUGCUGUUCCGCCGCUGCACUGUUGCAGGAACCGAGUACCCUCACCAUGAGAAUGCGAUUUCUCUGGAACAGUAUGAGGCGCAGGGCCUUGGCGACGCAGAUCACUCUCUCACCCUGAGGUCACGAGCUAGCAGGAAGUCACUGAGCUGUAAAUCGCUCAGCUGCAACCGGAGUUCAGUGUCCCUCAAUACCCUCACUGCAGAGUCUGACACGCACUCAGUCCAUGAUACGCUCCGCAGACACACACCUGGAGCCUUCAGCAGCACCAUGGAAUGUGCUGUUGUUCCAGACCCUCAGCUUCAGGUGAAGCUGAGCUCACUGUCAUCCCCCAUGCGUUCCUCUCUCCGACAAGAAGCUGCUGAAAUCUCUCAGAUCCUAGACUUCUUUCUCGCCCUCACUGUCUGCAACACCGUAGUCGUUUCCUCACCCACUCAGCCAAGACAUGUGGUUCAGAUGCCUGUGGUUCGCACACCCCUGCGCUCUCUAGAGGAGAUGAAGGCCAUGUUUCAGAAGCUGAGUCUGCCUCGCUUUCCCUAUUCACUUAAUCAAAACACAGACACUCCUCCCAGCCUAACCAAGAAACUCUUCGCCCGGGGUCGUUCAGCUUCCUACUUCCCUAACAGCAACCCGCAAACACCCAUCAAGAUCCCACAGUCACCCAUCACGCCUUCUGGCACCCCUUCAAGCACUCCGUCCAACCCUGUGACUCCUGCACUAUUGUCCAGUGGGGCGUGGGGUGAGAACGUGGAAGACAAACAGCAGGCCAAAGAUAACUCUGCUGAUGAGAGUGAGAGCGAUGAUGAGGAUGAGGCAGAAGAGUUGCUGUACGAAGCGGAGAGCCCGGAUGAGGCGGCAUUGGUGCAAGCAGCAAAGGCUUAUGGAUGCACUCUGCUGGGCCGGUCCCCAGAGCAAGUCCUCGUGGCUGUUCCAGGCACAGGGCCACUGUCCAUCCCUCUGCUACACGUACUCCCAUUUCAUUCUGCCCGCAAGAGGAUGUCUGUGGUGGUGCGCCAUCCCCUCACUGGAGAGGUUGUAGUUUACACUAAAGGAGCUGAUAACGUCAUUAUGGAGCUGGCUGAAGAAGGUGCAGCUGAAGAUGGUUUCGCUAGGGAAGUUAUGGAGCGGACGCAGAAACACCUGGACCAGUAUGCAAGAGAGGGACUGCGCACUCUCUGUGUUGCUAAAAAAGUGUUGGAAGAGCAGGAAUACAAAGCCUGGUUGAAGAGACAUGAGUAUGCAGAAACCAGCAUUGAAAACAGAGAAGAGCUUCUGCUCGAAUCUGCCGAGAGACUGGAAACUAAUCUCACAUUAUUGGGGGCGACGGGUAUAGUAGACCGCCUGCAGGAGGAAGUGCCUGAGACCAUUGAGGCUCUGCAGGAAGCUAAGAUUAAAGUAUGGGUCCUCACAGGGGACAAACAAGAGACGGCUAUUAAUAUUGCUUUUGCUUGCAAACUCCUCAGACCCACAGACCACAUACUGAUGGCCAAUUGUGACAGCAAGGAGGCUUGUGAGGCUCAAUUUCAUGAGUUACAACAUGAGAUCAGACAGGUCACAAAGGGAGGCGCAUCUGAAGAUAAUUGUAGCUCUGACUGUGUGUUGGUCAUUGAUGGGCGUACGCUGGACUAUGCUCUGCAGAAGGAGUUACAGGGGUCGUUCCUGGAACUCGCAUGCUGCUGUCGCUCAGUCAUAUGCUGCAGAUCCACCCCCCUGCAGAAGAGUCAGGUGGUACGGCUCGUCAGAGAUCAGCUGAAGGUCAUGACCCUGGCUAUAGGUGAUGGAGCCAAUGAUGUCAGUAUGAUUCAGAUGGCAGAUGUUGGCAUUGGCAUCUCAGGCCAGGAGGGCAUGCAGGCAGUGAUGUCCAGUGACUUUGCCAUCUCCAGAUUUAAGUUCCUGAGAAAGCUAAUUUUGGUUCACGGUCAUUGGUGCUACACACGGUUGGCUAACAUGAUCCUCUAUUUCUUCUACAAGAAUGUGAUGUAUGUGAACCUGUUGUUCUGGUACCAGUUUUUCUGUGGCUUUUCAGGCAGCACGAUGACCAACUCGUGGGUUUUAAUCUUCUUCAACCUUCUCUUCACUUCCGUACCUCCGCUCGUAUAUGGCGUGCUGGACAAAGAUGUGUCUGCGGAGACACUCCUAGAACUGCCUGAUCUCUACAAGUCUGGACAAAACUCGCAGGCCUAUCUUCCAUCAACGUUCUGGCUGACCAUUCUCGAUGCGUUUUAUCAAAGCCUAGUGUGUUUCUUCAUACCUUACUUUGCGUAUGCAGGGUCUGAUAUUGGAGUAUUUUCGUUUGGCUCUCCAAUCAAUGCCUCUGCUCUCUUCAUUAUCCUCCUGCAUCAAGUCAUAGAGAGUCGCACAGUGACAUGGAUACACGCUACAUUGCUGCUCUUCAGUGUCCUGUUCUAUUAUGCCUUUGUCCUGUUGUUCAGCAUUACAUGUGUGACAUGCAACUCUCCUACAAACCCCUACGGCAUUGAGACUAAAAUGAUGUCUGAGUCGCUCUACUAUUUAGUAUGUGGACUAACCACAGUCCUGGCCCUGCUACCUAGGAUCCUGUUUCGUGCCUUUUGUAACACUGUCUGCCCAACUGACCUGGUGAGAGCACAGAAAAUGGAGAGACUCUCGGCACAAGACUAUUCCUCUAGUUUACGGCAGUGGAGGGAGAACAAAGCUGCUCAAAGACGCGUCCCUCAAAACCUCAGUGUGAAUGCCGACAUGCCCCACUUAACAGAUUGUUUCGCUGAACAGGGCGCUGUUCUCUCAUGACCAAUAACAAAGUCUCUUUUGGUCAUUUAAACAUGGUCAUUAGCUCAAAUAGUGACUGUAUAUUCUUGCACUUUAAUGAUCGGUAGAUACUCUGACCAGUCAAAAUUCAGAGCUGGCUUUUCUCUGGCCAGUGAGUGUUUUCACUGUGUUGUGCCUGGGCUCGCUCAUCCUCUGUGGGUGGAGCUUGCAGAUGAACUGCAUAGCAAACUACUUCCUGUCCAGUGAUCACAGAAUGGACUUGGAGUCUGGCUUUUGUGGACAAAAGAUAUACAGAGAAUUGUUUACAUUUCACACGGCUGGGCCUGUGAUGUUUUUAUUCACACAUGCUCUCCAGCAUCACACAAGAACCUCAAGAGUUGUGAAGAUGAAUUGUGGGUCAGGAUGUGGCUACUUUGCUCCUACUCUAAUGCAAUACUCCAUUUUUGGUUAUUGAGGCUACAAUAUUCAGAGUUUCACAACUGCAUAGGCCAUUUAAAAAUGAGCUUGCUACUUUCCUUAACACUAACAUAAUGCAUAAACUCACAAUUUCCCAAACAGUAGUUUUUCAGAUUUUAUAUUCUAGCAAACUGUAAAUGACCAUUUUCCUCUGCUUGAGAAUAUAGGAAGGAAUGAUUAAAGAUGUUUUUUUUCUGUUCUCAGUAAUUAGGAAAAGCAUGACUGUUUUAAUAUCUGAUCAUGGGGAACUUUGACACCAUGAGGCCUUUACAUUAAAGACAUUAAGAGAAUUUUCCAUGCUCAGGAAUAAAAUGAGAUGAAUAAACAGGAGCUGAUGUAUUUGUGACCCAAGGUCCUUGAUGUCCAUUUGUGUUUUCAUUCUGUCGGUGAACAUGCCUACUAGAUGCGUUACAAAUGGACAUGUCCAGUAUUUUAUGAUAAAUGCUAGAUUGCUUUUUGUACUUAAAUGCAAUUUUAUUUUUAUUGCAAAACUGAAUGCUUGAAUGUGAAUCGAUAAACCAGAAUGAUCAUCUAAGAUGAUUUUUUUUUUUUUUUUGAGUCAUUGACUUGAAAGCAUUAUUUACAUUCAUAUUGUAAGCCAUUUGUGAUAUUUGUAAAAUUUGCAAUAAAACAUUCAAAACUUCAAAA